UAUAAUAAACACACACAACAGCUCAGCUGUUAGGCAUCUCGUUCCGUUUUGGUUAUUUUGUUUUAGUCUCUUUCUGUUUUACGAGGUUCUGUAAAUGCGACUUGACGCUUUUCUGACGUCGAGACGGACGGAAGUGAUGCAAAUCGCGUUUCUCGAUCGCUUUAAUCGGUUUUGACUCUGAUUUCUGCAGAUGCAGAGGGGUGAUGCUUCUGUGAAACUCACUGUGCUUGGGUAACCUUUGUUCCGCCGCAGGACGCGAUGGAUCCGUCCAGGAGGAGCGAAAGUGACUGGCAGGGGCUGGUCAGUGAGUUCCUGGUUUGUAAGCGGAAGUUGGAGAGUAAGAAAGAAGCUCUUCUGAUUCUGUCUAAAGAGCUGGACACCUGUCAGCAGGAGAGGGAUCAGUACGAACUGAUGGCCAACCAGCUCCGUGAGCGACACCAGGGACUCAAGAAGAAGUACAGAGAGCUCAUUGAUGGAGAUCCUUCUCUGCCUCCAGAGAAAAGGAAUCAAGUGAAUUUAGCCCAGCUACUGACAGACUCCAGAGAGCGAAACUCUCAUCUGUCCGAGGAGGUGAAAGAGCUGAAACAGCGACUACUGGAAGCUCAGGGUGAUAACAAGCUUCUACGGAUGACCAUCACCAAACAGAGGCUGGGAGACGAAGAGGUCGGCGCCCGACACUUUCCCGCGCAUGAGCGAGAAGAUCUGGUCAAACAGUUAGAAAGGGCGAGAGAGCAGAACGAGGUGCUGGAGAACAGCGUGAAGUCGCUCACGGAUGAGCUGCAGGAUGUUCGAGCAGAGCGGGACGUGUUUCAACAGAAGGCUCAUCGUCUCAAUGUGGAGAUGAACCACAUUGUAGGGAAUGAUGAUGUCCGCAUCUUAGACAUCGACGCGCUCUGCAUGGAGAACAGGUAUUUGCAUGAGCGACUUAAUCAACUUCAAGAAGAGGUCAACUUGCUCAAGACAAAUCUGCUGAAGUACAAGAGUGCCCUGGAGUGUAGGAAGACCUCUAAAAUCAGUGGAAAGCCCAACAGCAGUGCUCUGACUGGGGUGCUUUCUGCUAAACAAGUGAAGGAACUGCUGCUGUCUGAAGAAAACGGCUGCAGUUUGCCGGUGACUCCUCAGUCCAUCUCAGACCUCAAAUCUCUCGCCACAGCCCUGCUGGAAACCAUCCACGAGAAAAACAUGGUGAUUCAGCACCAGCGCCAAAUCAACAAGAUUCUUGGAAAUCGAGUAGCCGAGCUGGAGAAGAAACUAAAAACACUGGAGAUGUCCGGAUUAUGGAGCCUUCCAGGGGGAAGAGACGCCAUCAUCCUGAACACGCAGCUAGUGGAUUCGACCGAUCCAUCUGAUUCUCCGGGACAGAACGGUGACAAAAGGGCAAACAAACCAGCUGAGCACGAGAGCUCUCCAGAAGACAGUGUAACACCAGCUGCGUCAGAUUUUCAAGAUGACGCACCAACACCAUCAUCGUGUGUCGAGGCCUCGAACCAAAACUGCUCACCACAGUUGGACGAGCAAGAGUCCUCAAGGCCUCAAACAGAAAUGCCAGCUAGUGAGGAGUGCCAGGAAAGUGGCCAAUCACAAAGCGCCGCGGUUUUUACCAGUUUUGCAACAGAAGAGGGUCUGAGUGACUCCAGUGCUGAUGUGAAAUACUUGAACAGACCUGAUCCCUCAGACCCCGGCCACUCACAGCAACUCUCAGAGAACUCAGUCCCAACAGCUGGAGGAGCGGAGGAGUCAGAUGAAUGCACUGUAGGGGGGGAAAGUGUUGAAACAGAGUGUAAUGUAAUAGAGAGAAAUAGUCACGUUACAUUAUCUACUACUGUGUCUACUGCAGCCUCCGAAGAGCAGCAGGAGGACGUCCUGACUACCGCGGAUGUUUGCAGUAGUCAGGAGUUGUGAUGUCGCACAGCAUUAGGAAAAAAUCAAAACUAAUUAAAGUAUUUACAAAAUCCAUAAAGCUCUUUAAUUAUUUUUUAAAUAAUUCAAAAAUCAAGAAAACUGAUAAACGAAUCUUUGGAAAACAGCAUAUUAGAUUUCAGAUGAGUGUGAAUGAAUCAACAGUGACUCCUACCAAACUGAAGAGUAUUAACGAUACUCUUCAGAUGCUCUAUUGUAUCUCUGCUUUCACUCGGUGCAUUGUCUGAGUUCUGCACCACCUUUUGAACUGAUGUCAAUGUGACCUAAAGUAACUGGACACCGGUGAUUCGUCAUCCCCCAAACCAUACUCGCAGGAGUAACAAUAUUCGCUCCUGUGAGAGUUUCUCUGAGAGUUUUAAAACGUUCAUU